UGCGCACCUUGCAACACUGUUCUGUCAGUUGCCCAGCCCUGGUCUAAGUUACGAAGCAAACAGAACUUCAGCAAGUUUUCUCGUGUUUUUCGCCAUCAAAACCGAACUAGCAAAAGUACAGAAUGUCCUUCGUGAAGAACGCACGUCUGCUGGCCGCCCGCGGCGCCCGUUUGGCCCAAAACAGGAGCUAUUCGGACGAGAUGAAGCUCACCUUCGCCGCCGCCAACAAAACCUUUUACGAUGCUGCCGUCGUGCGCCAAAUCGAUGUGCCCUCCUUCUCGGGAUCCUUCGGCAUCCUGGCCAAGCACGUGCCCACUCUGGCCGUUCUGAAGCCCGGCGUCGUCCAGGUGGUGGAGAACGAUGGCAAGCUGCUCAAGUUCUUCGUCUCCAGCGGCUCCGUCACCGUCAACGAUGACUCCUCCGUCCAGGUGCUCGCCGAGGAGGCCCACAACGUCGAGGACAUCGAUGCCAACGAGGCGCGCCAGCUGCUCGCCAAGUACCAGUCCGAGCUCAGCUCCGCCGGCGACGAUAAGGCCAAGGCAAAGGCUGCCAUCGCCGUGGAGGUCGCCGAGGCGUUAGUCAAGGCUGCCGAAUAGACGUAAUCACCACACUACCGCCACCAAUAAACCACAAUCGAUGCUUUGUGUCUGAAAUUAAUAAAACAUAGCGAUCGGCUUGAAGAGAAAGAGCGUUAUGAAACAAUAAAAAGCGAAUCAUAAUAUCGUAUUAAUGACCCGUGA